GCAGUUCAGGAUUUGAACCAGUGUUGCCAGCGCGGCUACGGGGGUUCUUUGGUUUCGCCCACCCGGUACAGUGAGGGCUAGCUGAGCUGAGGCGGAGAAAGGGCGUGGAACUGGAAGAGGCGAGAGCUGGGUAGGAGAAGCCAGAGUCCGGCCCUAGCAACGGUUCUCGGACUCACGUCCAGCCGCCAUCUCCACCAUGCAGUCCCGAGAAGAUGUCCCGCGUUCGCGCCGCCUUGCCAGUCCCCGUGGUGGGAGGCGGCCCAAGAGGAUUUCCAAACCCUCGGUUUCGGCUUUUUUCACGGGCCCGGAAGAGCUGAAGGACACGGCUCAUUCUGCAGCCCUGUUGGCACAGCUCAAGUCCUUCUAUGAUGCGCGGCUGCUCUGUGAUGUGACCAUCGAGGUGGUGACGCCUGGCAGUGGGCCUGGCACAGGCCGUCUUUUUUCCUGUAACCGGAACGUGCUGGCAGCCGCAUGUCCUUACUUCAAGAGCAUGUUCACCGGCGGCAUGUACGAGAGCCAGCAGGCGAAUGUGACCAUGCACGAUGUGGAUGCGGAGUCUUUUGAGGUGUUGGUGGAAUACUGCUACACGGGUCGUGUGUCCCUGAGUGAAGCCAACGUGCAGCGCCUUUAUGCCGCCUCUGACAUGCUACAGCUCGAGUACGUGCGGGAAGCCUGUGCCUCCUUCCUAGCCCGUCGCCUUGACCUGGCUAACUGCACUGCCAUCCUCAAGUUUGCCGAUGCCUUCGACCAUCAUAAGCUGCGAUCACAGGCCCAGUCCUUUAUAGCCCACAAUUUCAAGCAGCUCAGCCGGAUGGGUCCGAUUCGGGAAGAGACUCUGGCAGAUCUGACUCUGGCCCAGCUGCUGGCUGUCCUGCGCCUGGAUAGUCUAGACAUCGAGAGUGAGCGGACAGUGUGUCACGUGGCUAUGCAGUGGUUGGAGGCGGCUCCCAAGGAACGGGGUCCCAAUGCUGCAGAAGUCUUCAAGUGUGUCCGCUGGACACACUUCACUGAUGAAGAUCAGGAUUACCUGAAAGGGCUGUUGACUAAGCCCAUUGUGAAGAAGUACUGUCUCAGCCUUAUUGAAGGAGCUCUGCAGAUGCGAUAUGGUGACAUGUUGUACAAGUCUGUGGUGCCAAAGCCUGACAGCAGCAGCAGCAGCUCUAUUGUAUCCACAGUAGAAAAUCCACCCCAGCGGCUGGGUAUGUGUGCUAAGGAGAUGGUGAUCUUCUUUGGACAUCCCAAAGAUCCCUUUCUGUGCUAUGACCCAUAUUCGGGGGACAUUUACACAAUGCCAUCACCUUUGGCCAGCUUGGCUCACACGAAGACUAUCACCUCCUCCGCUGUCUGUGUCUCUCCAGACCAUGACAUCUACCUGGCUGCCCAGCCCAGGAAACAUCUCUGGGUGUAUAAACCAGCCCAGAAUAGUUGGCAGCAACUUGCAGAUCGCUUGCUCUGUCGUGAGGGCAUGGAUGUGGCCUACCUCAAUGGCUACAUUUACAUCUUGGGUGGGCGAGACCCUAUCACUGGAAUUAAAUUGAAGGAAGUGGAAUGCUACAGUGUUCAGAGGAACCAGUGGGCACUAGUGGCUCCUGUACCACAUUCCUUCUAUUCCUUUGAACUAAUAGUGGUUCAGAACUACCUUUAUGCUGUGAACAGUAAGCGCAUGCUCUGCUAUGAUCCUAGCCACAAUAUGUGGUUGAACUGUGCUUCUCUUAAACGUAGUGAUUUUCAGGAAGCUUGUGUGUUCAAUGAUGAAAUCUACUGUAUCUGUGACAUCCCAGUCAUGAAGGUCUAUAACCCAGCCAGGGGAGAAUGGCGAAGGAUUAGUAAUAUUCCCUUGUUCUCAGAGAUUCACAACUAUCAGAUUGUCAGUCAUGGUCAAAAGUUGCUCCUCAUCACUUCUACCACCCCGCAAUGGAAAAAAAACAGGGUGACUGUGUAUGAAUAUGAUACUAGGGAAGACCAGUGGAUUAAUAUAGGUACUAUGUUAGGUCUUUUACAGUUUGACUCUGGCUUUAUUUGCCUCUGUGCUCGUGUUUAUCCUUCUUGCCUUGAACCUGGUCAGAGUUUCAUCACUGAGGAAGAUGAUGCACGGAGUGAGUCUAGUAAUGAUUGGGACUUAGAUGGAUUCAGUGAGCUGGACUCUGAGUCAGGAAGUUCAAGUUCUUUUUCUGAUGAUGAAGUCUGGGUACAGGUUGCACCUCAGCGAAAUGCACAGGAUCAGCAGGGUUCUUUGUAAAUAUUUUGAAACACUAAGAUGUUUCUACUGCUAUGUAAUAUAUCCUUAAAAAAAUAUUCUUUCCUUUUCCUGGAAAAAAAAAUUUGAUUAGGAUCACAGAUUUGGUAUAGAAAGGCUGAUUGAUGUUUGAAUUUAAGAAGCCGAUGAAAUCAACCUAUAUAAUAAUUUACUGUGUUAAAAUCAAAUUAAAAUGUGCAAAAAAUGAAAUAUAUAAUUAGAAUGCAUGGUGGUUUCUUUCAUUGUUCAAGUAUUCAUUGUAGCAGAGCAUUGUAUUGAUUAGUUGCAUUGUUUAUAUUUUAGUUAUAUAGUCUGUUAACUUUUUAAUUUAGUGUCACAGGAAUUUAACUUUAAUUUUUAGAGUAGAAAAUUGGACUAGAAACUGUUGAUAGGAUUUUGAAGGUUAUUUUCCUUCAGAAUAAUGAAAGUAGUAAAUUUACCAAGUUUUAAAGUAAUUGGCUUUUAGAAUUCUAAGUUAAUAAUAGUUUGUUAAAAUUUGGUUUGGUUUUUUUCCCUUUUGCAAAUAAAAUAAAUUGAACAUUUAAAGCUUAUUAAAUAGAAAUUUCAUUUUGUCCU